CCCUUCACUGUUCCUUUUUACACCUGACCUCAGAGUCACCAAAACAAAAGUCUGGGUAUUUCUGUCUCCUGAAACCAUUAUCAUUGUGACUGGUGUUAAAUAUUUAAAAGCUCAUUAUUAAACAAAUCCCUGGCAUCCCCUGUAUUUUUUAUUUAUUUAUUUGAAAUUUUUUUCUCCCUGGAUUGCAGGUAUUGACAUUUAAUUAGUGCAUUAACAUUUUCAAUGAAAUCCGUUAGUGCUCUUUCUCUCUAUAUAAACACACCCAGUAAAUAAGUAGAAUAAAUAGCACCGAUGGAGGUGUUGCAGCCACAGCAUUAACAUGGGUGAGUAAAUAUGCGAAUGUGCAGUAACAAGGUAAGUCAUAUUAAAAUGCAACCUUUCUGUAAUGAAACUAAACUAACUAAAUGUGUUAUAAAUUACUUUAGAGAAAUUUUUCCCUUUUAAGGUUUUAUCCAUGGGCAUUUACAGAAGUUGAGUAUUGUGCAUUUAGGGAAGUUAAAGUACUUCGUAAAACACCAUUGUGUAAUUGUUUUGUAAAUAUGGUUAAUACCGUGUCUUUAUAAGGCCACAUAAUCUUGUGCACAGCAGAGCUCAAGCUGUAAAUGGACAGGAAGAAAAUCUUACAAUUAUUUAUUGAACUACAAAUAUUCAUGUUUCAUAUAUAAGGUAAACAACCAUUUAUUUGUUCAAAUAUAUAUAUAUAUUAGUGGUGGGCAUAGAUUAAUUUUUUUAAUCUAGAUUAAUCUCACUGUAAUCUUGGAAUUAAUCUAGAUUAAUCUAGAUUAAAAUGGCUCAUUUGAAUUCUGCCAAGUAGAUAAGUAAACAACUAGCAGUCAUCAAGAAUUUUAUAUUGAUAAUAACAUUGAAGACAUUGUAUGAUUAUUCCUUAAAGAUAAGGUUUUAAUAGUUUUAGUAGUAGUAGCCUAUUAUGUUCUGCCCAAUGUCUUCAAGUGAAACCGAACUUUUAUUUUGACGGGUUGCCGUGAGGAUAGUUUUUCUCAAAUGAAACGCUCGAAUGCUCAUGAAGUGACUCUCAGAGCAGUUCUGGAGAUGUUGUUCAUGUAUUUAUGUCCUCAUUUAGUGAGACGACAGACGUUAAUAUCGCCGCAAGCGUCACGCGGUCUUCUGUAUGAGUAGUGAACAAACCCGCGCGUCUGCGCCAUACAUUAACACAGAGACACACAGAAGUCAUAUUUAAAUAGACGUUUCGCGGCUUAAUAUUUACAAAUAGGAGUGGGAGUGUGCUCACUUGUGUGUGCGCCACGCUUGUUUGUGUGUGUGUGUGUGUGUGUGUGUGUGUGUGCGAACCGGGGCGGAACUCCGCUGUGCGCGCGAUACAGAGAGCGCGACCAUGUAACGUAGAGACAGAAAUGACUUGCCGAUUUCCAUUUGGAAGCUUCUUAAAAAUAAAUCGAGAGGAUGUCCUCCACCAUCUGGCCUGUGCUCAUUUCAUGUCUCUUACUGAUUUCGUUAAAAGCACAUGGCGAAGAAGUUGGAUAUUGUUCCACUUUGACGGAGCACACUAAAGAUCUUUCCAAUAAUAAUCUAACAAGGAUACCAUCACAUUUAUCAAUCAGCAUAGAGUACUUAGAUGUGUCCCACAACAAUAUCUCCAGCAUUGUUCACGGUGACCUGUCUGGUUUAACCAAUCUCUGCUUCCUCAAAGUCACACACUGCGGACUUCAAUACAUCUCCCCUGAUGCCUUCAGCAGAAACUCUGAAAUCAAAGUACUGAACAUCUCCUACAACCGUCUGACGGUCAUUCCUAAUUUGCAUUUGCCCCAGCUAAGGAUCCUAGACCUAUCCACCAAUCCAUAUCCCAGUUAUGCACUUCCAGGCUCGUUUGGUAACUUAAGUUACCUUUCGAUCCUUGCGAUCGGUAGUAAAGAUGCUACUUCUGUUAAUGUGGAGGACUUUGUUCCUCUUCAAAACACCCAUUUAAAAAAAAUCAUAUUUGGAGAUGGAACGGAAUUACAGAACUAUGAAAAUGGCUCUUUUUCGCAACUCAAAUCUUUACAGGAAGUUGUUGUGAAAGUGACCUUUUGCCAGCGUUUUGACAUCUUCAAUGACAUGAUUAUGGAUUUUGAUCAAACCCAAACGAAAAAAAUUCAGCUUGUAAAGUUAUUUCCAGACCAAUGUACCAUCAAGACUGAUCCUUUCAUGGCUUUUAAAGAUUUGCGCGUCCUCAGUAACUUAAGCAUCGUAGAUACCUGGCUCAACAGCUCUGUGAUGGUGAAACUGUUCAAAAAUGUUUGGAAAUCAUCUUUUGAGGAAACUGUGUUUUUAAACAUCACAUACAAUGAGGACACUCCUGAUGGCUUCCAGCUUUCAAAGCAGAAUCACACCACGAAUCUACAAGCCUUCGUACUUGAUGGUGUACACCACCAUCAGUACCAUUACCCCACUUUUAACGUGAGUGUGGAACUAGUCAACAAACUAACCGACCUGAAGUUCUCCGGUACCGGAAUGAAUAUUCUUCCAUGCAAUCUAAUUUCAGCCAUAAAGUCUCUACAAGUCUUGGACCUGUCAAACAACCUCUUGGAAGAAAGUGGCUUCUGGUGGAUUGGUUGUACAUCACACAAAGUCUUUCCAGCCUUGAGGAAACUCUCGCUAAGCCAUAACCGUUUCAAAGACCUUGCUGAGAUUGCCAAAAACAUCAAUGAUAUGAAGUUCUUAGAGUCUCUUGACUUGAGUUUCAACUCUAUUUCCAUUGGCAAACCAUGUUUUUGGCCGCCCCACUUGAUUGAGUUGAGUCUCAGCCACAACAAUCUAGGAAACAAUGUGUUUGACUACCUAUCUCCAUACUUCCAAAAGAUAGACCUUUCGAAGACAGGCAUAAGUGUUAUUCCUUUGAAUAUUAUAUCAUUGUUUCCCAGACUAACGUACCUUUAUCUGAGUUUUAACAGCAUACAGGUCAUCCCAGCGGAUCUUCGGGCUCCUAUGUUAGUAAGCCUGCACAUCGACCAGAACGCUAUUACUUUCAUUAGCCAGAAAUCAAUGGAAGGUUUCCCCAAGCUGAGGACUUUAAAAGCCGGCCUCAAUCCAUUUAGCUGUGAUUGCGAUUCCUUUUGGUUCAUGGCGGCGUAUAAUAAAUCACUUCUCUCAGAUUGGCCCCAGGAUUACACUUGCAGCACCCCGCCGUUGUUUUCCGGUCGGCGUUUGGAGACAUAUGAGCACGGAUGGCUGUCCUGUCAACCGGGCUUGCAGGCUGCUGUGGUUCUGUCCGUGUUAUCUGUGGUGGGAGUUGCUCUAGCCAUCAUUGUUUAUGCUUGUGAUGGUAUUUGGUAUGCCAAAAUGCUUUGGGUUUGGAUCCGAGUGAAAAGGAGAGGCUACAAGAGGGCUGAUCGACUGCUAAAUGCCACCUUUCGCUACCAUGCCUUUAUUUCCUACAGCCAACAUGACUCAGCUUGGGUGGGAUCUCAGCUGGUACCUGAAUUAGAAAGGUCAGGCCUGUCUCUUUGCGUCCAUGAGAGAGAUUUUGAACCUGGGAAGUGGAUUGUGGACAAUAUAAUCCAUUGUGUGGAGGACAGCUACAAGAGCCUCUUCAUCCUGUCCAAACACUUUGUGCAAAGCGAGUGGUGCAACUAUGAACUGUUCUUCGCCCAGCACAGGGCGAUUAGUGUGAACAACGACUCUCUGGUCUUCAUUCUGUUGGAGCCCAUACCAGCAGACUCGCUACCCAAAAAGUUUCUAAAGUUAAGAACACUGCUGAGGCGGAAAACGUACCUGGAGUGGCCGGCAGAUGAACGCAAGCAGAGAGUGUUCUGGUGCAAUCUUAAAGCUAUUCUGCAGACCGUAGACCAGAGCAAGAUUUUAAAGGAUGUGGCCACAGACAUUGCUGAAAUGUGUCCUCUGGUGCCUGUUAAAGAAUGA